GGGAGGGAAGCCUGCAGCUGGGUGGUUCACCGUCUGCCAGCCUGGGCCCGGGGAUCUGGAGCUUCCAGGCCCCUGGGAGCGACCCCAGAGCCAGGAGACCCCGUGGGGAGGAUUCAGGGGCUGGAACCGGGGUGACUAAGUUUGGCUGGAAGCAAAGCAAGUGUGCGGCUAGGAGCCCAGUGGGCGGGCACCGGGCCCCCUGAGGUGGCUGUGCCCCAGCUGGCAGCCUCUUUCCUUCCUGUCCUCGGGGCAGGCACAGGAGCUGCUGUGCGGGGGCUCUAGGAGAAGGGGGGCAGAGGGCAGUCUGCGCGAGGCUGGGGCCUGGGCUCAGCGGGGGCGGGCGCUUGGGAGGAGGAGCGGGAGGAGACUGACUGCCCACAGGCUUCAUAUGGAGCCGGAGCGACUGUUGCUCAGGUGACUCGCGGCUCUUGGAGGGUGCUGCCACCCGUGUGCCACCGGCUAGCUAGCGGGGUCUCAGCCACCAUGAUGCAGAAUGUUGGAUCUCAACUGCGAAAGGGCUUCGCCUCCGUGUUCUCGGGCCGUCAGUCCCGGAAGUCAACCUCCCGCACAGAGAAAACCAUGGCAGAUGGCGAGGAGUACCGGAACCCCACCGAGGUGCAGAUGAGCCAGCUGGUGCUGCCCUGCCACACCAAUCAGCGUGGCGAGCUGAGCGUCGGGCAGCUGCUCAAGUGGAUUGACACCACGGCCUGCCUGUCUGCGGAGAGGCAUGCUGGCUGUCCCUGCGUCACGGCCUCCAUGGAUGACAUCUAUUUUGAGCACACCAUUAGAGUCGGACAAGUGGUGAAUAUCAAGGCCAAGGUGAACCGGGCCUUCAACACCAGCAUGGAGGUGGGCAUCCAGGUGGCCUCCGAGGACACUUGCUCUGAGAAGCAGUGGAGCGUGUGCAAGGCCUUGGCCACCUUUGUGGCCCACCGUGAGCUCUCCAAGGUGAAGCUGAAGCAGAUCUCGCCACGGACGGAGGAGGAGAAGACUGAGCACAGUGUGGCCGCCGAGCGCCGACGCAUGCGGCUGGUCUACGCGGACACCAUCAAGGACCUCCUGGCCAACUGGGCCAUUCAGUAUGAUCUGGAGAGCAGAGACUGCAGCCAUGUGGUGCCGGCCGAGAAGACGCGGGUGGAGAGUGUGGAGCUGGUCCUGCCUCCCCACGCCAAUCACCAGGGCAAUACCUUCGGGGGCCAGAUCAUGGCCUGGAUGGAGAAUGUGGCCACCAUUGCAGCCAGCCGGCUGUGUCGUGCCCACCCUACGCUGAAGGCCAUUGAGAUGUUUCACUUCCGGGGACCCUCCCAGGUUGGGGACCGCCUGGUGCUCAAGGCCAUUGUGAACAACGCCUUCAAACAUAGCAUGGAGGUGGGCGUGUGCGUGGAGGCCUACCGCCAGGAGGCCGAGGCCCAUCGGCGGCACAUCAACAGCGCCUUCAUGACCUUUGUGGUCCUGGACCCAAAUGACCAGCCCCAGAUGCUGCCCUGGAUUCGGCCCCAGCCUGGGGACGGUGAGCGGCGGUACCGAGAGGCCAGUGCCAGGAGGAAGAUCCGCCUGGACAGGCAAUACAUUGUGUCCUGCAAGCAGGAGGAGAUGCCUCUCUCUGUGCCCUGGGACCCAAGCAACCAGGUGUAUCUGAGCUACAACAACAUCUCCUCCCUGAAGAUGCUUGCGGCCAAGGACAACUGGGCGCUGUCCUCGGAGAUCAACCAGGUCGGCCUGUACACCCUGGAGGAUGACAAGUACCUCUCCUUCCACAUGGAGAUGUUGGUGAAUGUGGAUGCGGCCCACGCCUUCCUGCUGCUCUCAGACCUGCGUCGGAGGCCUGAGUGGGACAAGCAUUACCGGAACGUGGAACUAGUGCAGCAGGUGGAUGAGGACGAUGCCAUCUACCAUGUCAUCAGCCCCACUCUCGGCACUGACCCCAAGCCCCAGGACUUCGUGAUCCUGGCCUCUCGGCGGAAGCCUUGCGACCACGGGGACCCCUAUGUCAUUGCACUACGGUCAGUUACGCUGCCCACCCACCCCGAGACGCCAGAGUACAGGCGUGGGGAGACCCUCUGCUCAGGCUUCUGCAUCUGGCGCGAAGGGGACCAGAUGACCAAGGUGUCCUACUACAACCAGGCCACCUCGGGCUUUCUCAAUUAUGUGACCACCAACGUGGCCGGCCUCUCUUUGGAGUUCUACAACACCUUCAAGGCCUGUGAGAAGUUCCUUUUGGACAACCGAAAUGAUCUGGCGCCCAGCCUCCAGACCCUCUAGGCACCGCAG